AUGGAUCAUCCCGUGGUAGUCAAAGAGCCUGGUGGCAAGUAUUCUCCUGACUUAUUGAAAGCUUGUGAAGAUCACUUCAGUAGAAUUUACCCGGACUAUGUUAACGCUAUAGAUCAUGAAACUGUCAUGUGUCCACCGGCAUUUCCUUUCGAAUACAUAGCUCCAACGGGAGAGGCUUCAGGAGCAAUUCCCCUUUCUGAAAUCGAGAAAGUGAAUAUUGACGGAGAUAGCGCCGAACUCGAAUUGUUCUACGUGUUGGAAAAGUUUGGGAAUGAAACUAACCAACCGAUGUUCGUUGUACCGAAAGUAAAAUUUGCGAAGUUCAUCACAAAUGUUAUUCGCCAAAAGGUGCCGCUUGAUCGUCAGGCUAAUCUGGGGAAAGUAAACUUUAAGGACGCCGAAAUCGACUUCGCGAUUGUGCAUCAUCACAUUGGUGUCAUUCUCAUCGAAGUGAAAUCAACAAGAAAGUUUUCUAAGUCACUUCAAGGGAAAGCACGAAAACAGCUUCAAACUAGUGAGCAAAUAAUUCGGGCCCUUUUGCAUGUUGAUCAUAGUGAGGAAAUUUCUAUUCCUGUCUAUAAGGUAAUUGCCAUGCCAAACGUAAGCGAACCUGGUCGAGGAAAUCAGCAGUGUAUCAGUCUUCGAGGAACUGAUAUUCGCGCGAAAAGCAGUUUCACAAGCUGGUGGCAAAGUAACUUUGUUUCAGUGGAAUUUGUCAGCGACGAAAAGCAACAACUUCAAAAGCUAAUAGCCAUUUUGGUUGGCCAGAAUUGCAAUGUCAGCUCCAAAAUGCUGUCGGAUGUUCAUGAGAAGAUUGACAAGCAGAGCUUUCUCCGAAAGAGCCAUGAAAAGUGUGCUAAGCAGGGUGGGGACGGGCCGCAAUUGGUCGUGAAAAGUGCUGAUCAACCAGGGCAGAAUAUCCUAACAGCAAAGUUUUUGUUUCUGAACCUCGAGCAGUUACGCAUCUGGAAUGGACCACGGAAACAGUUCUUCAACGGUUCAUCUGGCGGUGGAAAAACAAUUCUGCUUCAGUUCAAAGCUUUAGAAUGCGCUAAAAAGAAAAAAGAAAAGGUGAUGAUCGUGGCACCCUCUUCACUGACUAAUCUUUACAAAGAGUUUUUCGAGGACAAUAUGGACGACAACAUUUCCAGUAGAGUUACUGUUUGUUCCCCUCCUGAGUUUUCCAAGCUUCUCCAAAGAAGAGAUCUCGAAGGUGAUCUGGCGAGCAAUGCUGAAAGGGAUCCCGGAAGUGAUUUUUCAAGCAGUACCGGAAGUAAUUCCCCGAAUUCCGCUCAAAAUGGUUCCGGAAGUGAUCUAGAAGAGUUUCACUUCUUUGUUGAUGAAAUGCAGACCUUCGAAGCCGAAAUUUCAGACACGAUAGAACUGUUGAAGAAACUUCUGGACCAAAUCAAAGAUCGAGAUCGUUAUUGUUGGGUUGCUUAUGAUUACAUGCAAAGGAAUGAACGCGUUGUUUCUCAGGAUGUAACAGGAGGGCUGUUCAGCGCAGCAGAAAUUCAGAAUAAAGCGCGGGAGCUCUGCAAAAAGUUCGACGUUUUUCACCCUCCUUGCAUGAAAACGGUAAUGCGAUCUACCUUUGAGGUUUACAACUUUGUUCAAGCGUUCGCAAAGAAGUCCCUUCUUGGAUUAUCACAGAGAUUAAACCAACCUCAAUUUGAUCGUAUUGAACAAAAAACAAAGGAACUAUUCGUUUCUUUUGCUGAAAGAUACGAUGUCUCAAACUAUCUUGGCCAUCACGUUUGUGGACCAUCUGUUUCAGUGUUUGAGAACUCUGAUUUUAAUUUCAUUGCAAAUGUCAUAGAGGACGAAGUCAAAAGGUGGACAGAAAGUGACUUUCUACAUCAGGUCGCUGUUCUUUUCACUUCAUCCUUCCCCAGAGAAGGCUUGUCUCGUCUAAUGACACAAAAGGGGAUUCCAGUUUGUGAUGUAAACAACAGUAACAGAAAUGCGGUAGUAUUGGAUUUUGGACACAACGCUCAUUCAUACGAAUGGCGAGUGGUAGUGGCAAUUUCCUGGCUCAAUGAUGAACUUGCCAGUAAUUACCUCAUGUUUACAAGGGCAGUAUCGCGACUAGUGGUGAUAACCACAGACGAGAAGAUGUUUCCUCAUAAUCACCUCGGCAAGCUUCCAGACUGAGUAAUGUUCAGAGCUUACAUUCCUUAA